AUGGGCGGCGAAGAAGUUGCUACGGAUACGGUUUAUAUGCCGCCAACUUCAAAAUUCGAUGAAUUUUGUAUACGUCGCGGUAUAAAUCCGAAUUUGAUUAUGUUAAAAAUUACGCUGUUUGUUAUGUAUGGAGGUUUUCUCGUUGACAAGUUUGGUAAAUACAAACCAGUUGUGGUUAUGAGUCUUCUAUUGAAUGCCAUCUUCCAUCAUUCAUUGCUAUUUAUACCGCAACAGGAAAUACCGGGUGUUGUUCCGUCAGCAUUUGUAAUGCGUCAUCCUGACAGCGGUGAUAUUGAGCUGCACAACACCAUAAAUAUACACAUAUGUACAUAUUUACACAGUUAUCAAGGGAACGAGCGAUUCUGUUUUUGAUGAAAAAAUAACAAAAUAUAAACGCUUUUUUUGUUUGAUAACAGAAUGAUUUCCUAGCAAAAAAAGAUUAAACAUCGAAGAUAAGAUGGAUAAACAAAACACCAAAAAUCUGAAAAAGCAAAGACUAGGUCAAAUAUUUUUAAAAUUAUUUGAACAAAAAGAAAACAUACCCACUUACAAACAAUAAAACAGUUAAACUUUAGAAGAGAUAAAGUACAA